AUGAUGCAUCUGAUAAAUAAGUUUGAACACCUCAAGAUACAACUAGAAGCUAUAAAAUUAGCAACCGACAACUUUGCUGAUGAAAACUGCAUUGGCAGAGGAGGUUUUGGAAAAGUAUACAAGGGAGAGCUUCUUCAUUCCAAGGGGAAAAUAGUUGUUGCUUUAAAGCGAUUAGAUCCGAAAUUUGGGCAAGGAAACCCCGAGUUUUGGAAGGAAAUCAUUAUGCUUUCUGUUUACAAGCAUGAAAAUAUUGUUUCUUUGUUAGGGUUUUGUGACGAGAGCAAUGAAAAGAUCCUAGUGUACGAGUACGCAUCUAGGAGAAGUCUUGACUCAUAUCUCAAUGAUGAUGACUUAACAUGGAUUCGAAGACUUCAUAUUUGUAUUGGGGCAGCUCGUGGACUAGCAUAUCUUCAUAAUCCUGGUGGGACCCAACAAAGAGUGUUACAUCGUGAUAUCAAGAGUUCUAACAUCCUACUUGAUGAGAACUGGAAUGCUAAGAUAUCAGAUUUGGGCCUAUCAAAAUUUGGGCCAGCAAAUCAACAAUACACGUUUCUUGUCUCGAAUGUUGUGGGCACUCUUGGGUAUAUCGAUCCUCUAUAUAUAGAAACAGGGUUAUUAACAAAAGAAUCUGACGUUUAUUCUUUCGGUGUGGUGUUGUUCGAAGUGUUGUGUGGGAGGUUAUGUAUUAGCAACGAGAAUGGAAUUCAUCAGUCUUUAACAGCUUUAGUGCGACGUUACUACCCACAAAACAAAAUAAGUGAAAUGAUUUAUAGUAAUAUAAAGGAUGGAAUGGAUCCUAGAUCAUUGGAUAUGUUUACAACAAUAGCUUAUCAAUGUUUGAAGGGAGACGUGGAAGAACGUCCACUAAUGACUGAUGUUGUGAUCAAACUUCAAAGUGCACUUGAACAUCAAUUUGGGCUUAUUUUAUCCAAUUCCACAUACAAGGAAGGAAAUAAAACAAAGGAGAAAAGUGGUCCAAGCAAAGGUCGAAAAUGGUAUAGGCGAACUAAGGAAAAGUCUAAUGAAAUGCAGUCAAACUUUGCUACUAAUUGUGUGGAUCACUCACAUCCAGGUUAUGGCGCCAAUGAGUCCACACCUAAGGACACACAGGCUUUGGCUAUCCAGCCUAUAUCUGUCCCCUCUCUUCUGGUGGACGAGUUGAAGGAAAUCACUGACAACUUUGGUUCGGUUUCAUUGAUUGGUGAGGGGAUGUAUGGAACAGUAUACUCUGGUGUCUUAAAAAGUGGGCAGGUUGCAGCUAUUAAAAAGUUUGACUACUCUACAAAGCAACAAGACCAAGACUUUUUAGCUCAGAUUUCUAUAAUAUCGAGGCUUAAACAUGAUAAUGUGGUCGAGCUACUUGGAUAUUGUGUAGAUGGUGACUGGAGAGUACUUGCUUAUGAAUUUGCUUCACUUGGAUCUCUACAUGAUGUUCUUCAUGGAAGGAAAGGUGUUAAAGGUGCACAACAAGGUCCAAUUCUAUCAUGGUCCCAAAGAGUUAAAAUUGCUGUUGGGGCUGCAAAAGGGCUUGAAUACUUGCAUGAAAAGACACAACCUCGAAUUAUACAUCGUGAUAUGAAGUCCCGUAAUGUUCUGCUUUUUGAUGACUAUGUGGCUAAGAUUGCUGAUAUUGAUUUAUCAAACCAAACACAACAAAUGACAUUACUUGUUCAUUCCACUUUUGUUCUUGGUACCUUUGGUUAUCAUGCACCUGAAUAUGCCUUGACAGGACACCUGAGUCUAAAGAGCGAUGUUUACAGCUUUGGAGUUGUUCUCCUGGAACUCUUGACUGGACGUAAAGCUGUUGACCAUACUUUGCCACGUGGCCAACAGAGUCUAGUCAGCUGGGCAACACCGAGACUUGGUGAAGAGAAGGUGGAACAGUGUGUUGAUGCUAGACUGAAUGGAGAAUACCCACCAAAGGCAGUUGCUAAAAUGGCAGCAAUUGCGGCGUUGUGUGUGCAGUAUGAAGCUGAUUUUAGACCAAAGAUGAGUGCUGUUGUUAAAGCACUGCAGCCAUUGUUGAACACUGCUGGACCACAAACAAAAGCGCCACACUAG